AUGGCGAAUUCUAAGUCCGGCCGUGGCAAGGCAGUACCUGUUCAAGGAGACGUCACAUCUGCCAAAGAUUGCGAGAAUGCCGUUCAACUGGCGCUUACAAAGUUUGACCGGCUUGAUAUUCUCGUCAACAAUGUGGGAGUUGCAGGUGCCCCCGGGACCGCCGUCGAUGUGGACAUGGAGCAAUGGGCUAAGAGCCUCGAGGUGAAUGUCUCCAGCAUGGUUUUGAUGGCCAAAUAUGCAAUUCCUGCCAUGCAGAAGAACGAAGGCGAGACAAAAGGCUCGAUUGUCAACAUGGGCAGUGUUGCAGGACUGAAAGGAGGGACGCCUCAUCUGCUGUAUCCAACAAGCAAGGGAGCAAUUGUCAACAUGACGCGCGCGAUGGCUGCGCACCAUGCAGCAGACGGCAUCCGUGUCAACUGUGUCUGCCCUGGAAUGUUGUACACACCUAUGAUGUACGCCGGAGGUAUGAGCGAAGAGGCGCGGGCUGCAAGGAAAUCGAGAAGUCUUUUGGGAACGGAGGGCAACGGCUGGGAUGCUGCUUGUGCUGUUGUGUUUCUUGCUGGAAAUCAUGCUAGAUGGAUGACCGGCGUGAUUUUACCGGUUGAUGCUGGAACCACGGCGGCUGUUGGAAUCGGCAUGACCAAAGCCGCUAGUGUAAACGCUUGA